CGUUCUCAUAGCUUUCACAGGACCGCGGUUCUAUGGCUCAGUCAGCAUGAUAUACAAGUAGCUGUACGCCAGCCAUUCCAACUCGAUCUCAUCUUCAACAUGGCUCCCCGCGUAUGGCUCAUCACUGGCAGCUCUGUCGGUUUUGGUCGCUUGCUGACAGAGUUGGUGCUUUCGAAAGGAGAAAUCGUCGUCGCGACGCUCCGCAAGCCGGAAAUCCUGGCCGAUCUUGCGGCCAAAUAUCCGCCGUCGCAGCUCCUUGUCGUUAAAUUGGAUGUCACCAACGAGGAAGAUGUCGAUGCUGCGUUCGCGAAGGUGAAAGAAACGUUCGGCCGCCUCGACAUUGUGGUCAAUAACGCCGGUUAUGGACUUCUCGCCGAGAUCGAGGGGACACCGCUUAAUCUUGCUCGUACCAUGUUCGAGGUCAACUUCUGGGGCGCCGCCAACAUCGCACGCAGGGCGGUUGAGUUCUUCCGCGAUGUAAACAAGCCGCAGGGUGGUCGCCUCCUGCACCUCACCUCGAUCGUCGCCCUCCAGUCGCAGCCCGGGAACGGAUACUACAGCGCUAGCAAGUGCGCGUCCGAUGGGCUGAUCGAGGCAUUCGCAAAGGAGAUCGAUCCGUCGUGGAACAUCAAACUCACGCUCAUCGAACCAGGCGCGUUCCAGACUCGCGGCACAAGCCCAGAGUCUCUUGUCUCCGCACCCCAGCACCCGGCGUACACGUUCCCUGGCUCCAUUACGAAGGCAGUGCGCGACUACGUGCCAGUAGCGACCUUGCCUGGUGAUGCAGAGAAGCUCGUUCACGCACUCUACGCGAUCGCGAAUGAGAAGGACACCCCGCUGCGUGUGCCCCUCGGCGACGACGCCGUGAACGCAGCACUUUCGAAGGCGAAGAGCCUCAAGGCAGACGCUGAGCGAGUGCAGAAGGCGGAGUAUGCGCAGGACCUCCUCCUUGACACUCCAGGUGGAACGGAGCCCCCGGGCUGGCGUCAGUAAGCGGCUCGCGGUAAAGAAGGGCCCAGAUGGCGCAAUCAGAUGACGCGCUUCCAUGUAAUUGUCAGAAAGUGUUCGAUUCGCUGGAAAACGAGCAUGCCUUACCAGCCAAGCUAUCUCUU